AUGACCUCUUCUCCGCGGAAGGGCUCGCAGCCUGCAGCGACGGCGGGCACAUCCUUGGCCGGCCUCAACAAGGCGCAGGAGCUCGCAGAGAUCAUUGCCAGCCAGCCGGAAAGGCUCGCCAACGCUGACGCUUCCUUGAGCGCACUUUCGGUACACGCGCUCAAACAGCUGUUUGACCAUUCCAUCACCUCGGAAAAGCAAUCGGUCCCUUCCAUCUGCUCUUUCAUCCAGACCAUCACUCCAAAGUCCGAAUUGCUCGAUCAGAGGGCCUCCCGCUCCGCCGGAAAGCGCAAACGCGGCAAAUAUGCUGCCAUUCCUCCCCCUCUCUUCGAGGCAACUCCUCUCGACGAGCUCGUCACAGAUGGUAUGGACUCGCGCCAGCUUUGGGAGCAGAUCGACUUGAAAGCAGCAAAGAUGUCGGGCGUUGUUGAGCGCUAUUUCGCCCAGGGUCUCCUUCGCGAAGAAGAGGAGGACGACGACGAAGACGAAGAGCAGGCCAACGCAAGAGCAGGGCCAUCGCGUUCAAGAUCUCGUUCCAGUCGCCAAGACGAGGACGAGGACGACGAUGAGGAUGAUGAUGAUGAUGAUGAUGGCAUGUCGGGCGAUUUCGACGACGACGACGACGACGACGACGAAGAUGUUGACUUGGAGGAAGAACGCGUUCGUCUGAGCCAACUGAGCGACGCAGAUCUACGAGCGCUCGGCGUCGACCCAGCGCUCCGUGAUCAGCUCUUAGCCGAAAUCGACGAGCAGGGCCAAGACGAUGACGAUCAAGAUUCAGAAGACGAAGGCUCAGCAUAUGCAGGCGCUUCCGACGUAAGCGAUGGCGAUCCCACCGAGGUCUUCUACGAGCCACUCAAAACAGAGGCCGAACAGUUGAAGCGUAAAGAGGAGGAAGAGAUGGGAAUGCUACCACGCCUUCGGUCUCAAGUCGGCGAUGACGAAGACGACGAGGAUGAUGACGAAGACGAGGAUGAUAUGGACGAGGACGAGGAUCCAGAGGAUCAAGAUUCAGAAGACGAAGAAUCUAGAGCACGCUCUUACGCAGGUAUCCCCAAAUCGCUCCUCCAAGAUUUGGAUCGUCCCGGCAAGGCAUCGCAGCGUCCUUCCAAGAGACACCCUACCCUCGACGACGACUUUUUCUCAAUAGACGAUCUCAACCGCCAGCUCGAUGAGCAGGAUGCCCAAGAGGACGCUGAUCCGGCCGACGACGACAAUGAUGACGACGAUAUCGCAGAUCAGGUCGAUUACUUCAAGCCUCUCAGCGGUGAUGACGGCGUCGACGAAGACGAAGCGGACGACGACGAGGAUCCAGAAGCAGGUGUCGUCAAUGCUGCCGACGCGCACUUUGCUGACUUUUUCCUACCGCCCACAAAAGCAUCCAAGUUCAACAAGAAGUUUGGUGGGCGCAAGGCAUCCGCUCGCUUUGCGCGUGAGGAUGCUGCUGCCGAUCAACUCGACGCCGACCCUGAAUCCGAAUCAGACUCGGAACCGGAACAAGAAGCUGAGCGCGUAUACGAAGAGCCCGAUCGCAAGCGACGCAUUCGAUUCAACACUACCAUCGAGUAUCGUCGCAUCAAGCCACGCAAGAAGUCGGCCGACGAGCUCACCCCUGAGAUGCUGAGGAUGAUCGGUGCUUCCUCGGACGAUCUCGACGCCGCCCGUCGCUUCGACGAAGAAAUGGAAGAGGAUCAGGACGGGGAUGACGACGACAUGGACAUGGACGAGGUCGAAUCAGAAACCUCUUCUGUCGGGCGUCAGGCUAGCGAUGACGAAGACUUGGGCCCGGAUUCGGACGAGGAAGAGCAAGACGACGACGGCGAUGACGUCGGAGAAAGUGACCAAGAGGAGGAACCAGACUCUGCCGACGACGAUCGAGACAAGGGCGCAACCACAGCACGACGCGUCACCGGCGAUCUAUUCGCUGACAGCGAUGACGAGGAAGACGCAAAGGACAAGCUUUCGACCCAUGAGAAGCGUGUCGCUGCGCUCAAAGAGGAGAUCGCUCGACUCGAAGACGAAAAUGUGGGCAAGAAGGACUGGACGCUCAUGGGCGAAGCAGGUUCCCGUGCCCGCCCGCAAGACAGUCUUCUGGAACAGGAUCUCGAAUUUGAGCGUGCCGCAAAAGUGACACCUCAAGUGACCGAAGAGAUGACCGAGUCCAUCGAGGACCUCAUCAAGCGUCGAAUCCUCGACCGCAACUUUGACGAUGUCAUCCGACGCCGCGAAGUGGAAGCCCUCCCUUUCCUCCCCUCGCGUCUCCUCGAGCUUUCCGACAGCAAGAGCGCCAAGAGUCUCGCCGAGCUGUACGAAGAAGAGUACCAAGCUGCGCGGGGUGCCGACGGCGAAGACGGAGCACCCGUCGCGGAAGCCGAUGCCAAGCUGGCUAAAGAGCAUGAGGAGAUCGGACAACUUUACGACGACAUCUUCAACAAGCUUGAUGCGCUCUCCAACGCGCACUUUACACCCAGGGCGCCCAAAGCUACGAUCCAGACGCUCACCAAUGCGCCGUCCGUGUCGAUGGAAUCGGCGCUGCCGGCCACCUCGUCGUCGAGCACCAUGCUGGCGCCGGAGGAGGUGUACGAGCGAUCGCGUCACUCGACCGCUAUGGACGGUGCCAAGUCCGAGAUGACGCCCGAGGAGAAGCAGCGCCUGCACAACAAGUUGAGGCAGGAGAAGCGACAGCGCAACGACAAGAUCCAGGAUACCAGAAAGGCACUGGAGCAGUCUGGAUUGGUGAGGAGCAAGAAGGUGAACGAGAAGGAGGAGAAGCAGCAGGCGCUCAAGAAGCUUGUCGGCAACCGGGGUGUGUCGGUUAUUGGCAAGGAGGCCAAUGCGGUGGGUGCGGGGUCGGGGAAGAAUGCGAAGAACAAGGGCAAGGGAAAGAGCAAUGGUGUGGCGAAAGGGUCGGAGAAGGGUGUGAGUGGGAACCAGUUCAAGCUUUGA